AUGGGCAUAGGUGGUGGGACACGAAUACCACUAUGGAUAUCAAUACUAGCACUUGCCUUCGCCCAGAUCAAAGUUCAAGUCCAGGGCAGUGAAGCCAAGUACGUUUCUUCGUCUAUCCAGCAGCGACAAGACUAUCUUAAUACAGCCGGUACCAAAUCAAAAAGAGUGACAAUCAUUCCACCUCUUCCAAACACAUUGUCAAUAAAGUCUGGCAAUCCCUCUCACAAUGGCCGUGUGUGCAGCACGUGGGGUAACUUCCACUUCAAGACCUUUGAUGGGGAUAUCUUUUACUUCCCUGGGGUCUGCAAUUACAUCUUUGCAUCCAACUGCAAGUCUGCCUAUGAGGACUUCAAUAUCCAGAUAAGGCGUACAAUGGUGGAAAAUGCUACCGUAAUCACUCACAUCAUCAUGAAGCUGGAGGGAGCAGUGAUUGAACUGACCCGCAGUGGUGUCCUGCUUGCUGGCAAGCCGAUUCAGCUGCCCUACAGUCAGAUGGGAAUCUUGAUAGAGAAAAAUAACAACUACUUGAAAGUUACUGCCAAGUUAGGACUGGUCUUCCUCUGGAAUGAAGAGGAUGCCCUCCUGGUGGAACUGGAUAAGAAAUAUGCCAAUCAGACUUGUGGGCUCUGUGGAGACUUCAAUGGAAUACCAAUUAACAAUGAGUUUAUGUCACAGAGGACAAAAUUGACUGCCCUGCAGUUUGGGAACAUGCAGAAGAUGGACGGACCCACAGAACAGUGUGAUGACCCUAUUCCUUCUGCUGUUCUGGGGAACUGCACGACUGAAUUUGGUUCUAUCUGUCAAAUAGUAUUAACUAGUGAAGCAUUCAAAAGCUGUAAUGUACUUGUGGAUGUUAAGGACUACAUUGAAACUUGCAUACAAGACUUAUGCCAUUGUGAUAACUCCAUGGCUGAUUUCUGUAUGUGCAACACCUUUGCUGAAUACUCCCGGCAGUGCGCUCAUGCAGGUGGACAGCCUCUGAACUGGAGGACCUCUGAACUGUGUCCCAAAUCAUGUCCUUUCAACAUGCAAUACCAGGAAUGUGGCUCCCCAUGCUCUGACACCUGCACCAACCCUGAACGAUCUGCACUUUGUGAAGAUCACUGCAUGGAUGGCUGCAUCUGUCCUCCAGGAAUGGUAUUUGAUGACAUUAAUGGUGCUGGUUGUAUUUCCCGUCAACAAUGUCACUGUACCUAUGAAGGCGAAAUUUAUGCUCCUGGUGCCUCUUUCUCAUCCAAGUGCAGAUCAUGUACCUGUGCUGGAGGUGAGUGGACUUGUGUCGCCCAGUCAUGUCCGGGGACUUGCAGUAUUGAAGGAGGUUCCCAUAUCUCAACAUUUGAUGAGAAGCAUUAUUCCUUCUUUGGAGACUGUAGCUAUGUCCUGACCAAGCUCUGUGACAGCAACGAUUUCACUGUUUUGGGAGAAAUCCGUAAGUGUGGCAUGACUGACACCGAGACGUGCCUCAAGGGUAUAGCCAUCAGUAUAAGUGGAGGACAAACUAACAUUCUGAUCCAGCCUUCUGGCAGUGUAUUUGUGAAUAUGAUCUACACACAAUUGCCAUUCUCUGCAGCAAAUGUUACCAUCUUCAGGCCAUCAUCUUUCUUCAUCAUUUUGCAAACAACCUUUGGUCUUCAGCUAGAAAUUCAGCUUGUGCCUAUCAUGCAAGUUUUUAUAAAUGUAGAUCCAUCACAUAAAGGGCAGACCUGUGGUCUCUGUGGAAAUUUCAAUGAUAUCCAGACAGAUGACUUCAAAACAACCAGUGGUGUAAUAGAAGGUACUUCAGCUGCCUAUGGCAACACAUGGAAAACUCGAGCUGACUGUCACGAUGCUAAAAACAUCUUUGAGAACCCCUGCAGCCUCAGCAUAGAAAAUGACCAGUAUGCUCAGCACUGGUGUGGACUGCUCUCUGAUACCACAGGACCUUUUGCUGAAUGUCAUUCAACAGUUAACCCAGAAGUUUACCAGAAGAACUGUAUAUUUGAUACCUGUAACUGUGAGAAAAGUGAGGACUGCAUGUGCGCUGCUCUUUCAAGCUACGUCAGGGCCUGUGCUGCCAAAGGAGUUCUCCUUGCUGGAUGGAGGAGCAAUGUCUGCAAAAAAUACACCACUUCAUGUCCCAAAACCUUGAAGUAUACUUACAAUGUUGAUACCUGUCAACCCACUUGCCGAUCUCUGAGUGAGCCUGAUGUCACAUGCAACAUCAAGUUUGUCCCAGUUGAUGGCUGCACCUGUGUAAACGGAACCUACAUGGAUGAAAGUGGCAAAUGUGUGCCUGCUUCUAGCUGUCCCUGUUACUACAAAGGAACCUCUCUACCUUCUGGAGAAGUUAUUCAUGAUAAUGGUGUUGUAUGCAAUUGCAUCCGUGGAAAGCUGAGCUGCAUUGGAGGGAAAACAGAAGAAGUCUGUGCACCUCCCAUGUUCUAUAUUGACUGUGGCAAUGCCACGUCAGACAUAAUAGGAGCUGAGUGCCAGAAGAGCUGUCAGACUCUGGACAUAGACUGCUACAGAACGCAGUGUGUCUCUGGCUGUGUAUGUCCUGGCAAUCAAGUGCUGGAUGACAAAGGUGGCUGUAUAGCUGCAGAGGACUGUCCAUGUGUUCACAAUGGGAAUUCCUAUCAUCCAGGAGAGUCAAUCAGAGUUGGCUGCAACAACUGCACAUGUAUAAAUAGAAAAUGGCACUGCUCCGAAGAACCUUGCCUAGAAACCUGUUCUGUUUAUGGAGAUGGGCAUUACACAACCUUUGAUGGCAAACGUUUUGAUUUUGAAGGAGACUGUGAAUAUGUUCUGGUCCAGAACUACUGUGGUAAAAAAAGUUUGAAUCAGGGAACCUUCAGAGUCAUCACUGAGAACAUUCCAUGUGGUACUACAGGAACCACUUGCUCUAAGUCUAUUAAAGUAUUCAUGGGGAACUAUGAGUUGGUGCUCAGUGAUGGACACUCUGAUGUCAUCCAGAGGACACCUGGAGGAAAAAUGCCGUUCCAAAUCCGUUCCAUGGGCAUCUACUUGGUGGUUGACACUAAUGUUGGCCUGAUACUUAUGUGGGACAAGAAAACCAGUAUAUUCAUCAAGCUUAGCCCUGGCUUUAAGGGACAUGUCUGUGGCCUCUGUGGAAACUAUGAUGGCAACGGGAACAAUGAUUUCACUACUCGCAGUCAGUCAGUGGUAGGGAAUGUGCUAGAGUUUGGCAACAGCUGGAAAGUGUCUUCCACUUGCCCAAAUGCUAAUCGUACCAAGGAUCCCUGUGCUGCGAACCCUUACAGGAGCUCAUGGGCACAGAAGCAAUGCAGCAUCAUCACCAGUGAAGUAUUUGCAAAGUGUCACUCACAGGUUGAACCAAAUGAGUAUUACCAAGCAUGUGUGAAUGAUGCUUGUGCCUGUGACACUGGAGGAGACUGUGAAUGCUUCUGUACAGCAGUAGCUGCCUAUGCUCAAGCAUGCAAUGAGUUGGACAUCUGCAUUUCAUGGCGAACCCCUUCCAUUUGUCCUUUGUUCUGUGAUUACUACAAUCCACAAGGGGAAUGUGAAUGGCAUUACAAACCAUGUGGAGCCCCUUGUAUGAAGACCUGCAACAACCCUAGUGGGAAAUGCCUUCAUGAGCUGAGAGGUUUGGAAGGCUGCUAUCCACACUGUCCAAACAAAACACCCUAUUUUGAUGAAGAAAGCAUGACCUGUGUUUCACAUUGUGGUUGUUAUGAUGAUAAUGGAAAACGAUACAAGCCAGGAAUGCAGAUGCCUUCAGAGGAGAACUGUAAAUCAUGUGUAUGCACAACUAGUGGCAAAAAUUGCACAUAUGAUGAAUACGCAUGCCAGUGCAUUUAUGAGGGAAAGAUAUAUAACUAUAAUGAUGUGAUCUACAAUACUACUGAUGGCACAGGAGGAUGUAUUGUUGCAACUUGUGGUCCCAAUGGAAAACUUAAAAGGACUAUCACUGAAUGCCCAAUCACAACGACACCUACUAUGUCAACACUAUUUCACUUUAGCACUACACCGCCUGCCACUACUCCGACAGUGUCACCGACUACAUCAGUAUGUGUUCAUGAAGUCUGUCACUGGUCAGAAUGGUAUGAUGGAAAUGAGCGAAAGCCUGGCUACAAUGGUGGAGAUUUUGAAACAUUUGAUGAUUUGAGAGCUAAAGGUUAUGAAGUGUGUAAAGCUCCAAAGGCUGUUCAAUGCAGAGCAGAGAAAUUGCCUAACAUACCACUGAAAGAACUUGGCCAGAAACUAGAAUGUAGUAAAACAAAUGGACUUAUAUGUUACAACAAAGAUCAAAUUUCAACAAUGUGCUACAACUAUGAAAUCAGAAUCCAGUGUUGUGUUUUUGUACCAUGUACUUCCACAACUGUCACCAUAUCUACACCAAUCACACUCACAACUCCAGAAACAACAACUACUUCUUCAAAAACCUCUCCUGAGACAACAACAAGUACUUCCGCUGAGACAACAUACACUACACCACCUUGUCAACCUCAGUGCAAAUGGUCCAAAUGGUAUGAUGUCCAUUCCCCAACACUGCACAAUAAGGGAGAUUAUGAAACUUACCAUGACAUUAGAGCUGCUGGAAAAGCAAUUUGCAGAAACCCUGAAAAAAUACAAUGUAGAGCAGAGAAAUAUCCACAUAAAUCUAUUGGAGAAAUUGGCCAAGUAGUUCACUGCAAUGUAACCUAUGGGCUUAUCUGCAGAAAUGAGGAGCAAAAAGGAGAACUGCAUAUAUGUCUUAAUUAUCAAAUAAAGGUUUUAUGCUGUGAUGACUACAGUCACUGCCAAACAACAGCAGUAACAUUUACUCCAUUGACUGAAACUUCUACACAAAUAUCUACAACUACAGAAAUUACAUCCUUUUCAUCCACAAUAACAUCAAUACCAAUAACUAAAACUUCUGAAAGCACAACAUUCAAACCUUCAACUACUACAGGAACAACCACAAGCACAUUCACAUCGGAAAAAACAACUCCUGUGUCCAAAUCUCCUUCAACGGCUCAUCCUUGUAUAAAAGAAGAAUGUGAAUGGUCAAUAUGGUAUGAUGCCAGCUACCCGGGAUCUGGAUAUGAUGAUGGAGAUUUUGAUACAAUUCAGAACAUUAGAAAAAAGGGAUACAAAGUCUGUGAUAACAGGAAAGCUGUGGAAUGCAGAGCA